GCGUAAGCUGAUGCUAACUCCCGUUGACGCCCGCCCGUUAAUUCUAAGUCACCUCCCCUCUCCCCCACCCCCCUCAUAAUAUAAAUACUCGCAACCCGUAUGCAUAAAAUUACUAAGAUUAAUCAUCGAUACAAAAUAAUAUCGUGACAUAAAUAUUUUAUUUUUCUAGCACCAUGCAGGAGGCAAUUCCUUACAAGACGUGGGCAUCAUUUGCGGCAAACGACAGGGGGAGCAGCUCGGCGGGUACGAUGAAGGGUCCGGCAAAAGCGGAGGAGUUGAAGAGGAUGGUGUCGCAAAACGCCGUGAUUGUGUUCGGUAAGAGCGGGUGCUGCAUGAUUCACGUGGUCACGCGUUUGCUUCAAGGCCAAGGUGUGAACCCAGCUGUGUACGAAAUCGAGGAGAAGGAUGAAAACGACGUCGUUAGUCAACUCCAGCAGAUUGGCGCCGGGAAAGACGAGAAGGUGCAGCUGCCGGCGGUGUUCAUCGGCGGCCGGUUGUUCGGUGGGCUGGACCGGGUCAUGGCGGCCCAUAUUAGCGGCGAGUUGAUUCCAGUGUUGAAGCAAGCCCGGGCCUUGUGGCUUUAGUCUAAUUUGAUUAAUAAUAGCUGAUAGCUAGCUAAUUAGUUUUCAGUUUGUUUUAGUCAUCUUCUUUUAAUUUAGCGAACUUUAGGUGCUUCGUUUUCAUUUUAUUCGAACUUUGUGCGGAAACUUUGAGGAAAAUGUUUGAGAUCAUAAUUAAUUUCAUGACAUUUGUUGAAUGAUUAUCGAAGAUUCUACCGAACA